AUGUCAAAAGUGUACGAAUUCGUGGACCGUCGUCUCCUUCGUUUCCAUGAAAAUGGAGACCCGAGAAAAGUAGUGAAGCUCGAGAGGGAAAAGAUGCAGUUUAAGCUCGCGGAUGGGCAGGUGCUGAUCCGUUGGCUGUGCGCCCCAAUAAAUCCAUUAGACAUCAACAUUAUCCAGGGCGUCUAUGCGAUAAAAAGGGAAUUACCGGCAAUUCCCGGUGGGGAAGCGGUUGGCAGGGUUGUUAGGGCUGGUCCCAGCUCAAACUUGAAUACCGGAGACCUGGUGGCGCCUUUGAUGAUGCCUCGGCCGGAUUGUUGGGCUGAUUAUUCGGUUGUUGAAGCCGACGGACUUGUGAAAGUUGAUAGCCGCAUUGAACCGAAAACAGCCGCCACCCUGAUCGUAAAUCCCUGUACCGCGUGGCUGAUGCUAAAAACUUACGUGGAUCUGGAAAAGGGAGACUGGAUCAUUCAAAAUUCGGCGAAUUCCGGGGUUGGCCAGGCGGUUAUUCAAUUGGCAUGGGCUUGGGGACUCAACACAAUCUGCAUCAUCAGAGACCAUCCAGAACAUCGGAAACGGGCGCAAGAACUUCGAUCGAUGGGUGCCACACACAUCUUUUCAGAAGAGGAAUUCGGAAAGGAUGGCAAGAAAUUCUUGGCAAAUCUUGAGAAGCCCGUCAAACUAGCACUAAAUGGCGUGGGCGGAAGGAGCAGUCUUCGAAUCGCCGGGGCGCUGUGUCGUGGCGGGACUCUCGUCACAUACGGCGGGAUGUCGAAACAGGCACACGAAUUCUCGACAGCACAAUUAGUCUUCAAUGACAUCAGGGUCAGGGGAAUUGCCGUUGGAAUGUCAUUGCUGGAAUUGGACCAGGAUUUGGUGCAAAGAAUGUUGAAGGAAUUACAGGAGCUAGCCGUCACCGGCCAACUUAAUGCACCUCAAAUGGAUGCGCAUGCAAUGAGUGAUUACGAGGUUGCCCUGGCGAAUUCGAUGGAUGGGAAACACCGAAAACAGAUGCUCGUUUUUGAGGAGUCGCUCAAAUCGAAAAUU